AAUGGCUCCUUUUUGUUUGUUUUCUGUCUUUAAGAUAAAGCACCUUUGUCAAAGAGCCUGUUACUAGUCCCAAGUGCCGUCUCGAUUCUGUUGACUCUGCUCUUCCAACAUUACCAGAAGUUCUUUGCAUACAACCUACAAGCUAUAAAAGAGGAUUUUCAGAUUUGGAGACUUGUAUGUGGGAGAGCAAUAUGUCUUGAUCUGAAAGACACAUUCUGCAGCAGUCUGCUCAUUUACAACUUUAGAAUUUUUGAAAGAAGAUACGGCAGCAGAAAAUUUUCAUCCUUUUUACUGGGUGCUUGGAUGCUCUCAGCUUUGUUUGAUCUUCUCCUGGUAGAAAUUGCUCAGUAUGUAUUUGGCAUCACCAUCAGCAGCUUGCCUUCUGGUUUCUUGGGUCCCGUGUUUGCUCUGUUUGUACCGUUUUAUUACUCCAUUCCAAGAGUGCAGGUGACACAAGUACUAGGACACUUUUCUAUCACAAACAAGACAUUGGUCUAUAUACUGGGUUUACAGCUCUUAACCUCUGGUUCCUACAUCUGGAUUUUAGCCUUAAGUGGAUUGAUUUCUGGGAUUUGCUACAAUAGCAGUAUAUUAAAAGUUCAUCGAAUUCUUUGUGUACCCAGCUGGGUAGCAAAGCUAUUUUCCUGGACUCUUGAACCAAUCUUCUCAUCUGCGGAACCAACGAAUGAGAUUCGAGUGGGAAUGGGAGCAACAGUUGACAUCCAGAGGCAGCAGAGAAUGGAGCUACUGGAUCGUCAGAUCAUGAUGUCUCAGGUUGCCCAAAUGAGGCGGCAAAGGCAGCAGCAGGGUGGGAUGAUUAACUGGAAUAGACUGUUUCCUCCUUUACGUCAUAGACAGAAUGCGAAUUAUCAAGAUCAUCGUCCAUCUGAUCAAGACACACCUCCACCUACCGAGGUUUCUGAAGAGCAGGUCGCACGACUUAUGGAAAUGGGAUUUUCCAGGGGAGAUGCUCUGGAAGCUUUGAGGGCUUCAAACAAUGACUUAAAUGUAGCCACUAAUUUUCUACUGCAGCACUGAUGGUUUUCUGUGUGAAGGAACUCUACUUGUUGGGUUUGUACACGUCUGAAAGAGGAUCAAAGCCACCUGCUGGACAGACUCACGAAGGUCGUCCCUGCAAGCAGUGUCAGGAAGGAGAAGCUGGCUCUGCGUGACUGGGGGUUGGAAGCAAUGUUAAUGAAUGAUGUGAACUGUUCCCAAGCCUUCAAAUCACUUGGUGGUUUCUGUUCUGGUUAUCCUUUUCAAAAUAACUUCAGUUUCUACUUAUUACUGGAUAUCACCUAAAUUUAUUUUUAAAAUGAAGUAGCUGUUUUUUUCUUGUAAAUCAUUGUUAGACACGUUGUCGGACUUUAAUGGCUAGGAAAAGAGGCUCCAGCAACCACCACAACUAGAUUUACUACCUAUCAAGACAAAUUGUAUUUUCUUCAUUUACCAGUCUAAUUUCUCUAGCUUACAUGUUACUUUACAGUACUUGUUUUUUGACUACGGUAAUAAGGUGUUUGAAGAUCACUUCAUUGUCAGUUCAGUAAAGGGUUACGGGACUAUUUGUCAUUCUUCAGAAAGUUUUAUUAAUGCCUGUCAUAUUUUAUUUCCUGGAUUCCUUUUUAAAUAAAAGUUGUCCUUCAGCACAUAAAGCACCGAUAGGGUAUGAGAACAUUCAUGUGCACAUUGCAGGCCAUGGUAAGUGGCCGCUGUAAAUUGAAAUUUUACAAACCGAGCAAAUUGCUCUUCAGACACAGGGCACGAGGACACUCACUGGAAGCAAUACAAGUGAAUCGAGUGGUACGAUAAGGUCAGAACGGAAAUGAUUUGAGUGACUUCUCCGUCUAAUUCAGACAAACUUCGGUAACAGUGGAUGUGUGCUCAGUCUCCUGUGUGCCAGUUCCAUUUUUUUGAGCUGGCUACAUGCUAUCUUAAAGGGAAAAUA